AUGACGAGUUCUCGCCUGGCUGCGGACACCCGGGCACCAAUGCUGCGGCUGCAAAGGAUCUUCUUACCAGCAGGUCUGCUGUUGUGCCUUCUAUGGGGGCUGCAGGCCGGCGUUUCGGCCUUCCUGCAGAUCGCUCCCAGCCCAACGCUUAGCAGAGCAGACCUGGCGCCGGUUCGCUCCCGCUCGCAGACGAGCCCCUCAGACUCGAGCAAAGGUCCUGCAGGUAGUGCUCUGCUCCUCGCGCUUCUGGGAGCAGCAGCCUUUGCUUCGCGAAGGCCCGGGCCAGCCACCUUUGCUGGGCACAGCCGCGGGCACGUGGCUGCAAGCAACUUGCUUGUGGCACAGCCAGGAGACGCAGUUGACAUCGAGUCCAUCGUUGGCAUGGGUCAGGUGCCUCGCAGGCCCCACGUGCGCAUCUGCGACCGCACACUCAAAGAGUGGUCGCGUGGAAGGAGGAUCAACAGCGCCGCGAAGCAGCGCUUCCUCAUCCGCCGCGAGCCAUCGGGUCGGAUCACCGUCUGGCGACGUCAGUGGGGCCAGCGUAACCUGAAGUCGAAGAAGACGCCGGCUCACCUGAAGAGAUUGAAGCAGAUGGUCCGCAUUCAUCGAUGUCAGUACAAGCGCGUUGCUAAAUUGCUGCGAAUCCAUUUCGUGCCUCCAAAGCCCUGCGACUUCAUCAUGCGCAAGUUCUGCGAAAAGCGGCUGAAGGCCCUUGAAAAAGCCGUGGUGCAGGACCACCUCGGCAUGCACGACAAUGUAGGAAGUAUCUCGGCCUACAAUCCUGAAGAGAAACACCGCGCCUACCUGCAGCGCCUGCAGGAGCGAAACCAGGUGCAGCGGCAGCAACAGCAGGAUGAGACUACACAGGAGAAGUUGAGGCGCGAGCAGGGCUUCAACGUCUGCUUCUCGGGCGCCAAUGCUGCGCAGCGCGCCGCGUCCGCAGGCGAUCGCCUCAAGCAGAAGGCUCCCCGCGCGCGCUCGCGCGGAAGCCUCGGCGCUUGGAGGCAGUGGGAAGAGGCCACCGUGGAGAUCAAGGGCAUCGGGGGCGAGGUCUACGCCAUCCGCCCAACAGGGGAGCGGGUCCCCUCCAAGAUCGACUUCCUUGGCGGCGAGUCUUUACCGUCCUGGGCCGAGACCCAGAAAGUGCCCACUGGGACUGAGGAGGAUGCUGCUGAGGAGGAGACGGAGGAGAUUCCAGAGGAGUUGCCUGAGGAAGACUCUCCACACUUGCAGGCUACACAACCAGAGUUGGAGCUGGAGCAGACGCAGAAG